CCUUGUCCAUGUCGCCUCUCCUGCACUCAUUCGCCCCUCGCUUUUCCCCUCCCCUCGCCCCUCUCUUUUCCCCUCCCUUCGCCCCUCGCUUUUCCCCUCCCCUCGCCCCUCUCUUUCCCCCUCCCUUCGCCCCUACCAAAUGCUUUCAACUCUCGACUCCCGAUGUCAGGGACGGCGGGGUGCGAGUGCUGCUGGCAACAGAGGUGGGUGCGCGUGGGCUGGAUGUGGUCGACUGCGACCUCGUGGUCAACCUUGAGCUGCCCGCCUCGCCCGCCCACUACGCUCACCGUGCCGGCCGCACGGGGCGGCUGGGGCGGCGGGGCGUGGUGGUGUCGGUGUGUGAGGAGCGUGAGGAGUUUGUGGUGCUGCGCGUGGCGCGCGAGCUGGGUGUGAAGAUGGCGCGCAUGGAGGUUGUUGAGGGCAGCCUCGUGCCGUAUGAGGGGCGCAUGAAGUACUGA